AUGCGGUUGGAUUUGGCUGGGGGAGGCGCUGGGAAGAACUGGGGUGGGGGGGGAGGAGGGGGAGGGGGAGGUGGCGGGGGAGGGGGAGGGGCGGGGGGAGGCGCGGGGGGAGGGGGGAGCGGAGGGGAGGGCGUGGGGGGGCGGAAGGGGGAGAAGGCGUGGGGACAGCACCUGGGGACGGUGAAGGAGGGGAAUGAGGAGAAGGGGGCGUACGCCAGGAGGCUGUUGAACAACCUGUGGGAGUAUAACAGCGAGAUGGACGGGCUUUCCAAGGAGUCCAGCCAGCAGAACAGCAGCCUAGACUCUAACGAGGAGGUACAGCAAAUUGUGAAGAUGCGAAUGGAUAUGGAACGUGCUACUGCUGCCUCUUCUUCCUCCUCUGCUGCCGCUGCUGCUGCGCGUCGCGCUGCUGUUUUGGACCGGGCUAUGGGGGGGAGUGGAGGGCUGGAUGGGAGGGCGAUGGAGGGGCGAGGGGUGGAUUUACGGGACGGGAGGGGCGGGGCGGGAGGAGGUUCGGGGUCGUUUUUUGACACGGGGCAGAAGGCGAAGAAGAAAGCAGGCUCGGGUGCAGGUUCGGGCGUUGGUUCGGUUCUUGAUGGACCAACAGCGGAAACGCUUCGGAAAGUAUUAGAUGAUGAUGAUGACGAGGAGGAGGAGGAAGAGGAGGAAGAGGAGGAAGAGGAGGAGGAGGAGGAGGAGGAGGAGGAUGAAGAAGGGGACGAAGAUGAGGAUGAUAGUGGGAGCGUUGUGGAUAGGAGUGUAAACGUCCCUGCAUAUAAACGGUCAGCAACCGCUUCAAAAGUUUCCCGGGACGAACUUUUCCACCUGCCCGUGCCGGAUCCCAGCCAAUACAAUCGCUCGAGAAGCGUGCCGAAAUCCCAUGACCGCCUUAAAGGGGGCAGAGGAGGGGGGGACGGCGGAGGAACCUCGGCAGAAAAAGCCGAGCGAGGGGAGAAAGGAGAAAGGGGAGAGAGGGGAGAGAGAGGCGAGAGGGGGGAGAGGGGGGAGAGGGGGGAGAGAGGCGAGAAGGGCGAGAGGAGAGAAAGGGUGGGGUUGAGCCGAGGUGGAAGUGCAGGUGGGCCAACAAAGACACUCUUCCUUGAAGCCAGUGGCUCCUCCUCCUCUGCCGGGUUUGGCCUCUCCCUCUCCCCCCGAGGAGGCGACCGAGGAGUGCGAGGAGGAGAGAGAGGAGAGAGAGGCGGAGAGAGAGGAGGAGGAGGGGUGGGAGUGGGCGGCGGAGUGCUGACGGUGUCCAAGCCAUGGAGCCCGCUGCCUCUGACGGCGUCUAACCAGCUGGGGGGAGCCCGGGGAGCCAAGUCGUUCACAGGGGGGUCGGCCUUUCUCGAAUCGCUGCCUGAGGAGGACAAAAAGCUCAUAAGAGGGUUCAAGGUGCUGGUAGUUGAAGACGACAUAGUGAACUGCACCAUAAGCCGGCAACUUCUCGAACUUUUGUCCUGCCGCGUGACCCUCACGCGCAACGGCCGUGAUGCUUUAGACCUCAUGCGGGGGGGCACAGACCUGGAGCUGCAGGCGCAGGAGGCAGCAGUGGCGGCCGCAGGGGGCGCGGAGGAGGGGCAAGAGGUGGCCCCGCAGUUUGAUCUGGUGCUGAUGGACCUGAACAUGCCAGUGAUGGAUGGGAUCAAGGCUGUGGAGCAGUUUAGGGAGUGGGAGGAGCUUGCUGAACCUCGACGGCAGGCCACUCUCAUCUUUGCUGUGACCGCCAAUGUGUCAGACGGCAACAUGGUGAAGUGCGCCCAGAAGGGCUUUGACGAGUUCCUGAGCAAGCCACUGACGCCUGAGAAGCUGCUCAACCGCCUGCGAGAAGUAUGCCGGCGACAAACCAUCCAUCGUGCCCUCUGA